AUGGAAGUCAGGCAUGACUGGCUCGCCUCUUCCCCCCACGAGGGCUUCGAGCAGCUGAGGCUGAAGAGCCGCCCCAAAGAGCCAUCCCCGAGCCUCCCCAGAGUAGGUGCCAACUUCUACAGCACUGUCAAGCAGCAGGACUUCAGUGCCAGUGUCUGGCUGAGGAGGAAAGACCAACUGGAGCAUUCCCAGCAAAAAUGCAUUGUGAUCUUUGCACUGGUGUGCUGCUUUGCGAUUCUGGUUGCACUGAUAUUUUCUGCAGUGGAUAUAAUGGGAGAAGAUGAGGAUGGACUCUCAGAAAAGAACUGUCAAAAUAACUGUCGGGUUGCUCUUGUGGAAAACAUUCCUGAAGGUAUAAACUAUUCAGACAGUGCACCAUCCCACUUGUCUCUUUUCCAAGGCUGGAUGAAUUUGCUUAAUAUGGCUGAAAAGUCUGUUGACAUAGUAUCUUCCCAAUGGGACCUCCAUCACAAUCAUCCAUCCGCAUGCCAGGGCCAGCAUCUUUUUGAAAAAUUGCUAGAACUGGCGUCUCAAAAUAUUGAGAUAAAACUAGUGAGCGAUAUACUGCCCACCGAAUCAAAGGUAUUAAACGACUUGAAAACAAAGGGGAAGAGUGAAACAGGAUCCUGUGCUGAGGUGGCCAACAGAAUGGGGGGUGCAGAAGUGCUGUAUAUGAAUAUGACUGCUUAUAAUGAAGGUCGCCUUCAAUCAUCAUUCUGGAUUGUUGAUAAACAGCAUGUAUAUAUUGGAAGUGCCAGCUUAGACUGGAGGUCAUUGGGACAGAUGAAAGAACUUGGUGUCAUUGUGUACAACUGCAGCUGCCUCGUCCUAGAUUUACAAAGGAUAUUUGCCUUGUAUAGCUCAUUAAAAUACAAGAAUAAAGUGCCUCCAAGUUGGUCUAAGAGAUUGUAUGGGGUGUAUGAUACUCAAAAUAAACUGACGCUGCAGCUGAAUGAAACAAAAUCAGAAGUCUUUGUGUCGAAUUCUCCCAAACUCUUUUGUCCAAAAGCCCGAGUCUUGGAUAUUGAAGCUAUCUACAAUGUUAUAGAUGACGCCAAACAGUUUGUUUAUAUAGCUGUCAUGGAUUACCUCCCUAUUGUCUUUGACACAAAUGCUAAAAGGUACUGGCCAUAUUUGGAUGGGAAGAUAAGAGAAGCACUAGUGUUACGAAGUAUUAAAGUCCGGCUCCUCAUAAGUUUCUCAAAAGACACAGAUCCCCUUACAUUUAACUUUGUUUCAUCUCUUAAAGCUAUUUGCACUGAGGUUCCCAGCUGUAGUUUAAAAGUUAAAUUUUUUGAUCUUGAAGAGGAGAAUGCUUGCUUUCUCAAAGAACAAAAGAAUACUUCCCUUCCCAAAUUAAACCGGAAUAAAUAUAUGGUGACUGAUGGAGCUGCUUAUAUUGGUAAUUUUGACUGGGUGGGAAAUGAUUUUACUCAAAAUGCGGGAGCUGGCCUCGUUAUCAACCAAGCAGACGUGGGGAACAACACAAGCAUCGUUAAGCAACUUAAAGCCGUGUUUGAAAGGGACUGGUAUUCACACUAUGCCAAAAGUUUGCAACCAACAAAAAUCCCAAACUGCUUAAACUACAAACUUAACAAAGCAGUGGCAAAUAAGACUGCCAUGAAUUAAAAAGACUAUUUUACUGUAUGAUGAAUGAAG